UAGAGAAACAGAGGGAUGUUAGAAUCAGAUUUAACAGUUUGAGGGUUUUAACGAUUUAACAGUUUGAGACACUGAGAGAGAGACAAAGAAACUGGGACAGGAUGAUCACCUCAUCUGUUCGCUCAGUAGUGAGGAAGAGAGCACUAAGGGCCUCAGUGCCUGGAGAUGGAGAGAUGAAAAGAGAGGUGGAUGGAGGGGUGGGCAAAGAGACAGAGCAGAGAGACAAAAGGAGAGAGGAAUGCGGUGGACAUGCAAGGAGUUUUGAAGAGAUUCCACAUACAGGCCGUAAUGGCUGGAUCAACCUCCUGCACUUUUGGAGAAACGGAACUUUCAGCCACCUUCACAAACACAUGGAGCAGAACUUCAACACACUUGGCCCCAUUUACAGGCAGUACCUGGGUUCUCAGUGCAGUGUGAACAUCUUGUUUCCAGUUGAUAUCGCUGAACUCUUUAGGUCUGAGGGACCGACUCCACGUCGAAUGACACUGCAGCCAUGGGACACACACCGUGAAACCCGCACACAAAGCAAAGGGGUUUUUCUCAAGAACGGAGCUGAGUGGCUCUCUGACCGGUUGUUGUUGAACCGUGAGGUAAUGUUGAGUUCAGCUGUACGCCGUUUCCUGCCAUUGUUGGAUGAGGUGGCACAGGAUUUCACUUGUGUGAUGCGGCGAAAAGUUCAAAAUGAAGGACAGAAAUUGAAUGAUACACACACACUGACCUGUGACCCCAGCCCUGAGCUUUUCCGCUUUGCUCUUGAAGCUAGUUGUAAUGUUCUUUAUGGUGAACGUAUUGGUCUUUUCUCAUCUGAGCCAUCUCAAGAGUCGGAGCGCUUUAUUUGGGCUUUAGAGCAGAUGCUGAACACGACUUCUCCCCUUCUCUAUGUGCCCCGCCCACUGCUUCGCUUUUAUACACCUUUGUGGACACAACAUGUUGCUGCAUGGGACCACAUCUUCAGCCAUGCUGAGGAGAGGAUCCAGCGUGUGUAUGAGAGGCUUCAGGCUCCAGGGGGUAGUUUGGGUGAAGUAGCAGAUGGCUCAGAGUUCCCUGGAGUUCUAAAGCAGUUGAUGGAGAGAGGACAACUUCCUCUGGAGCUUAUCAAAGCUAACAUCACUGAACUGAUGGCAGGAGGAGUUGAUACUACUGCAGUUCCUCUGCAGUUUGCGUUGUUUGAGUUGGCGCGUAACCCAAGUGUCCAGGAGCGUGUGCGUGCUCAGGUGCAGUCGUCAUGGUUACGGGCAGAGGGGAAUCCCCAGAAGGCAUUGCAGGGGGCACCGCUGCUCAAGGGCACAGUAAAGGAGACACUUAGGCUGUAUCCGGUGGGCAUCACAGUACAAAGAUAUCCAGUUAAAGACAUUUUACUGCAAAAUUAUCACAUACCGGCUGGGACUCUGGUGCAGGUGUGUCUGUACCCUCUGGGGCGGAGUCUAUAUGUAUUUCAGGAUCCACUCAAAUUUGACCCUGGUCGUUGGGCUGGGGCUGAAACAGGAGUGGGACAGGACAGGAAUGAUGUCACGAAGAAAGCAGGCUCAGGGGCCGGGUUUCGCUCAUUGGCGUUUGGCUUUGGCGCAAGGCAAUGCCUGGGCCGGAGAAUCGCUGAAAAUGAGAUGCAGCUAAUUCUCUUGCAUAUUCUGAAGAAUUUCCGCUUAAGUGUUUCAUCCAAAGAGGAUCUCAACACCAAAUACACACUCAUCCUCCAACCGGAAUCUCCACCCACAAUCACCUUCUCUACCCUCUCACAAUGAUCACCUGUCAAUUGUUUAAUCACUUAGACACUCAGUCAAACAAAUUAUUCAGCUAAUAAACAAAAUUAUUUCUCAAAAAUAA